AUGAAGAACUAUCUUUCCAUUGGAUUCACAGCCCUUUUGGCAUCACAAGCACUUGCUGGCGACGACGAGUGGCUCAGCCCAGUCUACAAGCAGAUUUUUCAGAACCCGCUUCCUAUCCCCCAGGAUAAGGCCAAGUCGUACACCUACCGAAACAAGACGACGGGGAAUGAGAUUGAUUUCUACGAGGUCGAUGUGAAGCCAUUCACACAACAAGUCUACCCUGGGCUUAAGCCUGCCAACCUUGUUGGAUACGAUGGAGUAUCACCUGGUCCUACUUUCCGCAUGACCAAAGGUCGUGAAGCCAUUGUUCGUUUCAAGAAUCACGGCCCCAAGGACCUUUCGGUGCAUCUUCAUGGUUCCUACAGCCGAGCACCUUUCGAUGGGUGGGCCGAGGACACUACGAAAAACGGACAGUACAAAGACUAUUACUACCCCAACAAGCAGAGUGCGCGAACUUUGUGGUACCACGACCAUGCCAUUCACCACACUGCGGAGAACGCCUACUUCGGACAAGCGGGCUUCUACAUUCUGCAUGACCCUGCUGAGGAUGAAUUAAAACUUCCUUCAGGCUCAUACGAUGUACCUCUGGCACUGGCCUCAAAGCAGUACAACAGUGACGGCACGCUUUUUGAUCCGGCAAGCGAGACUGUUUCCCUCUGGGGCGACGUCAUCCACGUCAACGGUCAACCCUGGCCUUACCUGAAGGUAGAGCCACGCAAGUACCGCUUCAGGGUGCUCAACACAGCCAUCAGCCGUGCCUUCAAGCUCACUCUUGAGGACCCUUCCGCCAAGAAGGUUUCAUUCAAUGUCAUCGCCGCAGACACUGGUCUCAUGUCCAAGCCUGUGCCGACCGACAACCUUGAGAUCUCAAUGGCUGAACGCUGGGAGAUCGUCGUCGACUUCAGCGCAUAUGCCGGAAAGAACGUAACGAUGAAGAAUGCUCGCGACGUACAAGCAGACGAGGACUACAACAGCACUGACAAGGUUAUGCGAUUCGUGGUCGGUUCCUCCGUCUCCAGCACCGCCGGCAACGGCGCUCUCCCAGGCUCUCUACGUACAGUACCUUUCCCACCAAAGAAGAGUGGCAUCGACAGGAGCUUCAAAUUUGGACGCACCGGCGGAGAAUGGACCGUCAACGGAGUCACCUUUGCCGAUGUCAAUAACCGCAUCCUCGCAAAGCCCCAACGCGGCGCUGUCGAAGUCUGGGAGCUUGAGAAUUCAUCCGGCGGCUGGAGCCAUCCCGUCCACAUUCAUCUUGUCGACUUCCAGAUCUUGAGCCGCACCGGAGGUAAACGAAGUGUUCUUCCCUACGAACGAGAAGCUUUGAAGGACGUCGUCUUGCUUGGUACCAACGAGAAGGUCACUGUCAUCGCCCGCUACGCCCCAUACGAUGGUGUAUACAUGUUCCACUGCCACAACCUCAUCCACGAGGACCACGACAUGAUGGCUGCUUUCAACGUCACCAGCCUUGCCAACUUCGGCUAUCCUGAGACUACCAAGUUCAUUGACCCGAUGGAGGAGAAGUACCGCUCCAAAGACAUCAAUGAAUACGACGACAAGCACAUCGAUGAGAAGUGCGCUGAGCUUGAGGCUCUGGAGGCUUACACUGAACCUGAGAAGGUUGAGCAGGCGCUUGUGGAGUACUGGGCCAAUGGAGGCAAGGGACCUAGCACGCUUGUCACUAGCACUCGACCAGCUUCCUCAUCAUCUUCGUCCUCGCCUGCUACGGACGCUGCUUCCUCUACGACGUUGCAGACAAGUUCUACACCACCGUCUAUAGCUGCUGCUGGAAUUGCUUCUUCCUCUCCGACGAUAACUUCUGCGCCCAAGGCGACAAGUACAAGUACGAGGAGGGAUGACAAGAAGACAUCGACAUCGUCCACCAGGAGAAGAUAG